UUUUAACAAUCUUCCUUCAUAUAAAAUCUUUUUUUGUUUGUGUGUUUCUGAUUUUUUUCUCUGUUAGUUUGGACCAUGGAGGACAUUUCAGAAUCAAACCAGGACUGAGAAAAUAUGCCUGUGAUCUCACACUGGAUCCAAACACAGCACACACUCAACUCAUCCUGUCUGAAGACUACAAAAAAACAACAUGUGUGAAAGAUCAUCAGCCGUAUCCUGAUCAUCCAGACAGAUUUGCGCAACAGGAGCAGGUUAUGUGCAGAGAGAGUCUGACUGGACGCUGUUACUGGGAGGUUAAAUGGAGCGGCUCAGGUCAUGUAGCCGUGACAUAUAAAGAAAUCAGCAGGAAAAGUGGCAUUGACUGUUGGUUUGGUCUCAAUGAAAACUCCUGGAGUAUGUAUUGUUCUGAUAUGAAUUAUACUGUCUGGUACAAUAAUAACAGCACUGAUGUAUUUGGCCCUUCAUCCCACUCUAAUAGAGUAGGAGUGUAUCUGGACUGUCUGUCAGGCACUCUAUCCUUCUACAGCGUCUCUGACACACACACACUCUCACACAUAUACACAUUCAACACAACACUCACUGAACCCCUCUACGCUGGAUUUGGGGUUUAUCCUGAAGCUUCUGUGUCUCUUUGUCAGAUUUAACAAAAUUUGUGAAGAACCACAGAGACCUGGGAAAGAAAUUGCAAAUACUGUUGCAAUUGUGAAAUAAAUUCAGCUUGUAAUAUAAAUUUGCAGUGUGAGAUACAAAGUUGCAGUUAUGAGAAGUAGUUGCAUUUCCAAGAUCAUAUUGUCAUAUUGUACAAGUCAUAUUGUAAGAUAUAAAGUCACAAUUACCAAAAAUUCCCACUUUUCAGAAAGUCGCCAUUGCACGAAAAUUAAUUAAUCAAAUUCGACAUACAGUUCACAUGGAUAUUACUAAUCAAAUAGCCAAUUAAAUGUAGAGCGCUGUGAAUUUGAAGUUGCAAGAUAUUCUGGGUUGCAGUGGCAUUCAGUGUAUCAACAAGGUUUCCCUUUAAUGAGCAAUGACUUCCCUUUAAUGUGGAAAGACUUCCACAAGUGCAAAUAAAAGAUGUGAUUGGUUGGAUUUUCUGUCACAUUGUUAAUGUAAAUGAUAUGGAAAUCAUAAUGUUAUAUUGAGUAGAAUUAACAAAAUGUGUUCAUACCUGCAUAGGUGUGUAUUUGUGAGUGUUUUCCUCUUUGAGUCAUGAAGUUUUCAUUUGCUGUGUUGGCUCUUCUUCCCUUUUUCACCGUAAUUACAUGGGAGUUGGUUUUAUUUGAGCUCUCAGACUUAUUUUAUAUUUUUUUAAAUUUCCAGAAUCAAAGGUGAUGGUCUGUAGAAGCAAUCUGGGCUCUUCAUUUGGUGUGAUCUUAUUAAAGCUACUGUAGAUGUCGUCACUGUUUCAGAGGAUCCACAGACUCAGUUUCAUCUGCUGGA